CACAGCCUUGCAUCUUUGUUAGUAAAUUUUGCCGAAAAAGCUUUUUAGCCAAAAAAUAAUCAUAAACGCCCAAUAAAAUCAAUUUCUAAAUAACGUUUGAGAUUUACAUAGUACAAGACAUAUUUAACUUGAUGUGUGUUUGUUCUAAAGAAACCUAUGAUACAAAAACUGUUAAAUGAACACAAAUGAUCAAUAUAAUUAAGUAUAUAAUGAAGAACUAUAAAUGUGAUAAACCAAGUACAUAUCUAAGUAGAUUAAUAAAAAAAAGAAAACUGUGGUACUAAAGUAAUAUCAACAAUUAAUAAUUCUUGAUAAAUAAUGAAUAAAAUAAAAAUUGUGAUACACUGGAAGUUCAUUGAAGAGGUAAGACGCGAACAUUGUCAUUGAUGGGUGAAUUACAUAUAUUUACAUUGGCUAACAUGGAAACGGAAGACACAUCGUCAAACGAUUCUUUCAAAUCGAGCAACCGUAAGCCUUCAUCAAGAGGAUCAAGCCAAUCUAAUGAAGAAGUAUCUAAUACUGCUGAAAAUGAAGCCGAAUGCCUGAACAUGAGUCAUAAUGAUCUUAGUGAUGUAAGCGAUCUUGAGUCGGAUGAAAAAAGCAACACUGAAAAACUAGAAAACGAGAAAUCUAAAGAUUUACGUAAAAAACUGGAGGAAAUUAAGGGAAUGGACAAUUCUAAUGGUUAUGAUGUAAAGGAAAAAAGGACCGAUGAGGAUGUUUUAGAUUUUGAAGCAGAAGAAGGAGAAUGCAAUGAUGAAAAGGAUGACAUUCUUACAAGCAAGGAUGACCCUGAUAAGAAAAUAGAGCUUUCUGAACCCGAAGAAGGCGAAGAACUAGAAGAAGGAGAAUUAUCUGAGGAAGAUGGCAAACGUCCAGAAGAAAAUGAACCAAAACCAGUGUGCAGAUUUUACACAAGAGGACAAUGUACAUGGGGAAUGAGCUGUCGUUUUCUACAUCCGGGAGUUACUGAUAAAGGAAAUUACACAAUGUUUGACAUGGUUCGGCCAGUUCCUGCACCUCAUUUUAAUGAGUUUCGUGAUUCUCGACCUCAAGCAUUCGGCAUACCGUCUCAUCAUAGUUUCGGUGUUAGUCCGUAUGCCAGGCCACCUAUUACUCCAACCGCUGAAGUUGGUAACGAAAGUGCAUGGGAACGUGGUCUUAGAACUGCUAAGGAAAUGAUGCGCAAGGCUAGCAAAAGAAAGGAACAAGAUAUUGAUUUCGAAGACAAAAAAAUGAAUUUGUCUUUAUCUCAAGAAGAAUUAGAAAAGGACAAUUAUUACAUUAGAGACAGAGGUCCAACCGAGUUAUCACCUACAUAUAAAGCAUACUCUCCUGGACGUCCAAUGGUACGUUCAUCGCUUGAAGAAGACUCAUUUGGACGUGUCCAAAGAUAUAGAGAUAUAAAUCCACCACAUAGAUCAUCUUACUACGAUGAUCCAGAAAAACGUAGAAACAGACCAAUGAGAGAAGUUAUAGUCCAAAAAGCAGACCAAUGGAGUGAUCCUUGGAUGCGAUCUAAGGACCUUCCAGCACCAACAGUUGGAGGUAGGAGAGGUGGUAAUAAACGCGAUCGCCGAAGUUAUAGCAGUAACUCUUCUUAUAGCAGUUCCAGCUCAUCUAAUUCCAACUCAUCAUCUGAGUCUUCUUCUUCCUCAACAAAACAUAGACGUCUUUCUCGACACAAAUCUAGGGAUAACACCAGAAAUGUUUCUUCUUACAAAAAACGCCCGAAAACCGGAUCGGUGUCACCGGCUUUGAGAACAAAUAUAUCAUCGCCCAAACAUUAUGACAGAAGAGCGUCGCCUCCGUCAGACCGUAGAUUCAGAGGUGGCUUAUCGCCAAAACGUAAAAUACACUCACCACGAAAAACGACAGGAACAACCGUUUCUAACAAAAAACGUGAUCGAUCAAGCAGCUCUAAUUCGGAAUCCUCUGAGUCAAGUGGAUCGUCAGAAUCAAGUGAAUCAUCUGAGUCAAGUGAUGAUAGUUCUGAUGAAUCUUCCUCGGCGAAACAUGGUCGAACACGUGAUAAAAUAUUACAUGAAAGAAAAAUAGCGACUAAAAAAGUUGAAAUGUCAAGAAAAAAGUCUCCAAUGGUAAAUGAUGAAAAAGGUAAAGCCAGUGGAUCAAAGAAGUCCAAUCGACGAGAAGAGUUGUUAAAACAGUUAAAAGCUGUGGAAGACGCGAUUGCAAGAAAGCGAUCAAAAAUUAAUUAAAAUCAAGAAAAAAUAAUAUUCGAAUAUUCUCGGCGUCAGUAUAUAAAUAAUUUUAAGUUUCAUUUUAAUACUUACUUAUCAAAUCAUUUCUUUACAAGAAAUAAAAAUAUGAAUUCGUCUAAGAAGAAACUAUUCGCUCAAAAAUGUGUAUAUGUAGAUUUGUAUAUUCUAAAAAAUACCGAAAUCCCGUAUUUUAAAUUUACUUAGAUCUGAUUGUUUUAUCUUGAUUUCCAUCCGAAAAUAAUAAAUUUUUGCUUUGGCGACCUUUAUUUUCGCCUUAUUUUAAAAAUUUUUUUCAAUGGUUCAAAAUUUUUUAAAAACACAAAAAAAAAUAUAAAUUGAUGUAAUCGAGAUGACAAACAAUCCUGGUGAACAAAAAUUUUGAAAUACUAAACUUGAAAUUUUGACCUUUUUGUUUGUUACACGGAUUUUUCACAUAUUUUAGGUACGAUAAAAAAUUUUAAACCUGUCAUAAAAUUUUGAAAAAUAAGGAGAAAAAAAUUUCGCAAAAGGAAAAAUUUCUUCUUUUUUGAUAGACAUCACGACAAACUAUUCAGUUUUUCAUUUCUAUUACUGUUUUAUGGAAAAAUCGGGAAAAAAUGAAAACCGUAAUUUUGGUAUUUUUUAGAAUGGAAUGCACCAUAUGUAAAAGCCAAUCUCUUGUUACUUUAAUGUAGUGUACUGAAACGUUAAAAGUCUAAUCAUUAUUUGUCAAUAUUAAAUUUUUGACAACUUAGGAAGUAACUGGGUUUAAAUGUUGGACAGCAUCUUUGACUCUUUAAAGUUGAUAACUUCUCUAAAAAGUAGAAACUUACACAUAAACAACUAUACCAAUUUACACAUUUUUAAAAGCUUUUUUAGACAAAAGACAUUUUUAUAAUUUUCUUUUCUUUAUUACAAUGUGUUCUAAUGUAAUAAUGUGAAUUUAACAGUAA